AGUUCAUAGUCAAUAAAAUGAUGAAGAGCGGCGGGCUGGGGUCUCACCGGCCGCUGUCGGGGCAGCUGUACAAGUACACGAACGUGGUGAAGGGCUGGCAGCAGCGCUGGUUCGCUGUGGACCCCGAGACGGGCGUGCUGUCGUACUAUUUGUUCGAUGGGCCCGGAGACACCGUGCAGCCUGGACAGCCUGCUAGAGGAGAGGCACAUUUGGCGGCGGCUGUGGUGUGUCCGAGUGAUGAAGACUCACGCACAUUCACUCUGAACUGUGCAUCAGGAGAUAUGCUCAAAUUGCGUGCCACCGAUGCGAGGGCGAGACAAGAGUGGGUGGACGGACUGCGGGCUAUUGCAGAGAUACAUACCAAGGCGAUGGGCGCGAACCCGCCGCUGCAGCCGCGCGAGCAACUCGCCGUGCACGGCGCUAUGGCGUCCGCGAGACAACAACUACAACAAACUGAACUAAGUGACGCGUCCCUCGCGCGGUGUAUCGAAUCGUCAGACUCUCCUUUCCCGCAUACUGAUCCGGACCUAUUAUUACUGAAGGCCACAUCAGCAGCGAGCAUGCAGUGCCUGCUGCAGUGCCUCGGCAUGCUGCACCGGCAGCAGCAAUACGCCACCACCACUAGCCUCAAGCAAGAUCACGACCAUUAA